CUCUGACUUUGAAAUUUCUGUAUUUCACCGAGGCUACAAUCAGUUCGGCGAUUUCUGCGGGAGACUGCGAGGCUGUUGCAAGGAUGCCUUGUGGCAAUCAUGAUCAUGAACACCCUCUUUGGCCACAGCAAGGAACGCACCAGUUUGUUAUCGAAGCUUGCGAGAACCAUUGUGGAUGGUGCAACUAUCGAACGAAAAGUGCGAACAAUCUUCGAGUACAUGCUAACCGUCACGUGAAAAAUGAAACGACGCUCAGGGGAAUUACCAUAGUGAGAGGGAAAGCGGGGAGGAAGAGGGUAUGGCCAGACGACGAUUCCCUGCAUCAGGAGCUCCCAAUGACAACCUCAGUCGGUCGACAUCCGUUAGGCGUUCAGACGAAGGGAUGAAUCCUGACGAGUCAGACGGAGGCGGCUUCGAUCCAAGCCCAGUUUUCCUCCCAGGCCGCUCUGAAAGUCCAGCUCCAUCCCAUCCUGCUCCCUUGGAAUUGAUGCCGGAAAGCCGAAAUCCCCCCUGGACACUUAAUCCACAAGCUAGAAAUUUCGGAAGUCCAGAGUCCAGUGCGAAAGAGCUCAUUAUCUAUCAUGUUUUGAGACCCCUGGUCAAUACACAGUCCUUGCGAGACUUCCAUCAACUUGUACGAGAUUGUACGAGAAGAAUGGAGACGAAAGAGUUCAUUUGUCUCCGUGAUCUUGAGAGAACUUUGAUUUUAGAGUCAUGGAAUAUCACCGCUAGUGUGAACUCACGACCCGAAUUCUUGCACACGAUGAUCCAUUGUGUCAAGGCGACAGUGCCACUUUUGAGCGAAGACGCACUGGUCCGUCAAGGCGAUCGACCCUAUGAUGAGAGAUAUUUCACCAUCUACAAGGAGGUGACGAACGCAUGGGCCAUAGGAACUGCAGGAGAAACUGUCGAUCUCUCAAUCGCAAACAAAUACUAGCAACAGCGCAGCAUCCAGUACUGUUAGGGAAGAGUUUUGCAUAGCUGAAUUCUCCCUUAUAGCGAGAUUUAUCGAUCAUCAAAUAUAUCUCCACGGAAUUAAACGCGGAAAAUCAUGUGGCUGCUGUCCUUUGCGGUUUCAACUUUGGUAAAGGCUCAAGCACUGUUACGAAUACCUCGAACUCAGU